AUGGUUCAGAAGUUAGAAGCAGAUGUGCGUCAACACAUCCGUGUUGAGCAACAACUGAAGCUACAUAUUGAAAACAUUCAAGAGAAAUCAGACGAGGAUGCCAAAGUCAUUGAUAAAAUGGAUAGAGAGAAACAGAGACAUAGAAGAGAGCUUAAAAGAAUGGAUGAAAUGCUGACAAUCCGAGAAGAAGAGAUCACCAAACUUGAGAAACAAGUGCAAGAUCUCAGUCAUAAACUUGACAGAGCAACAGCCAAAUACGAGAAGUCUCAGGAAGAGCUAGGUAAUACAAAAAGAAAACUUGAAAAAGAGAAGGAAAAUCUUGAAAAUGAGAGAAAGACAUAUUCCCUCAUUGCUAGAUCUAAAGGAGAAGCUCGUAACUUCUCCAGGAGCAAUGAGAGAAGUGACUCAAAACCUAAUUAUCAUAAUGGAGCACAGACAACUGUUUUACAGAAGAAAACUGUUUCAAAGCUAUACUCUAGUUUGUACAAUUCGAACAAGUCACGAGAAAAGCUUGACAAGAACAGUAGAGAGGAGUACGAUAAAGUUUACCAAGAAUUCCUCAAAAGCAAGAGGGGUGAAGCGCCUCAGGAGUUUAUUGAAAGUCAGAGAGAAAGUAACAAUGCUCAUGUGUUCAACAGUAGCACAAAAGAGAGCGGCACAAAGGAUAUUUUUACAAAUAAUUCAUCUCAAAAGUGCUACACAAAGAGGAAAUCCAACACUAAUAAUUCUAGACUUUUAAAUCUUUCAAAGAGCAAUAAGAGGACAGAGAAAAAUUAUUCAAGAAGCAAAGAGAGAAACUUUGAGAGCAAGCUUGACUUCUACAGGAACAAAGGAUUUGACUGCAAAGACACUUUGCUAGGCCACAAGACUUAUGAUGAGCAUGAUAAAGAGAAUCAACAUCAAGUAGAUCAAAAUAUUAUCUCUGAGAGGGAAAGGAACAAGACAAGAAAAACAUUCAGAAUAAUCUCUGAUGAAUAUGAUGAGGUAUCUUCCUCAUCCCCAGAAGCCAGCAAUGAGCACAAAGACGCAGACAUUGACAUUGAAGGCGACAUGGACCAAAAGAUGAUGAACGUCAAUAUGAUGGGGAUUGCAAAUAAGACUCGAGGUAGUAAAGAUCAUGAUACAGCCUACAAUCAUGCGAAAAGUGCUUUACAAUAUUACAGGUCAAAAUCAGAGGGCAAGGAGGGUCAUAUAGAAUCCAGAAACCACCAAAAAUCGCAUAUUUCCUCUCCCAAUGAAGUGUCUAGCUCCACUUUUAAAAACACGUCAACUGUCCCGACCACAAUACAGUCAGAAACAGCUUGUGCAACUACUGAAAAAGAAACGAUCUCAUGAAUCAAAAAUAGAAAGAAGGCUAUCAAAAAGCACUACUGAAAGAAGUCAUCUAUAGAGAAGACUUCUGAACAUAACGAGUCCUCAAAGAAGUUUUCCCGGCUGAAUGUGAAAUCAAGCAAGAGAAUCCGGAAAAAUUUUGACUCUUCUCAUCAUGAUUCUCAGAACAACCCUAAUUUUAUUGACAAUAUGAACCAGAAGAGUAUUUCUAACCUGAUUAAGAAAUCAGGAAUGAUAGGAGCCUCUUCUGAAUCAAGAACUAAUUGUAGAGGAAUGAACUUACAUGCUGUCAAGUCUCGGCCAUCUCAAGGGGUGAUGCAUGGGAGUUCUAUGCACAAUAACUCAAAUUUUGACAACAGUAUUUCCAAGUUGAAGAACUGAAAUUUAAACUCCUCUUCUUCUACAGCUUUACUUAGAACGAAUUGUAACAUAAUUAACAUAAAGAAUGCGAAACAGGGAAGGUCAAAAUAUGAAUCUGUAUCUAAAUUUACCAAAAGAAGCAUGAAGAAGGAGAGCAGUGAUCAUGCAAAGACAUUCUCCAUAGUGAAGGAUAUGGUCAGAGUGAACAGAUUCUAACAACCUGAGAUGUUCUUAAUGCACAACUCAGUCAGUUAUUUCUAAUUUUUAUUUAAUCUGUUUGAUA